CGGGGAAGCUCUUUACCCUGGGAAGCUGCCCCGCUAUUUGCGCGGCUACAGCGCCCACCCCACAUGGCUUUCAGCGGGAAGUCCCACCCAUUGGCGGCGUUGAAUUUCACCUUGGCCGUCUUGUCAGAAGAGCCCCACCAAACGGCCGUCCCGUCCAGCGUUCAAUUCACGCCGCCCGCAUCACGCCGAAGCUUGCCGACUACGAAGCUUUCGAUUAUUUAGCUAUACCGUACAUACAAGGCCCGAACAAGUUCACCUCAAGACACAAUGGACAUCCGCCUCCUCCGCCCCUCCGACAUCCCCCUCAUCCAGCACGCCAACCUCGAGAACCUCCCUGAGAACUACUUCCUCAAGUACUACCUCUACCACGCCCUCUCCUGGCCCCAGCUCUCCUUCGUGGCAGUCGACGUCUCCCGCCCCGCAAAGACCCCCUAUGACUACCCCAAGAUCGUCGGCUAUGUCCUCGCCAAAAUGGAAGAAGAGCCCACGGACGGCGUCCAGCACGGCCACAUCACCUCCCUCAGCGUGAUGCGCACCCACCGGAGGCUGGGUAUUGCGGAAAAACUCAUGAGACAGAGCCAACAAGCAAUGGUGGAAGCCUUCAACGCCCGUUACGUCUCCCUCCACGUCCGUGUCUCCAACCAAGCCGCCAUCCACCUCUACCGCAACACGCUCAAGUUCGAGACGGAAAAGACGGAGCCAAAGUACUACGCCGACGGGGAGGACGCGUUCUGCAUGAAGCUCGAUCUGGACUUUAUCAAGCAGCAGAUUUUGGAGGCGGAGAAGGCCGAGGAUGAGCAAGACAAGAAGAAGAACAAUGGCUCGGAAGAGAUGACGAAAGAAGACCAGGACGAGGGCGAGCCGGUGGGGGAUGUGGGUAGGGAUCCGGAACAGGACAAGAAGAUCAAGGUCAAGGUUGGGAGGGGGUUGGGGGUGGGGGAGUUGGUGGAGAGGGACGAGAGUAAACAUUAGUUUUACAGGUGUUUGUGGUGUUUUCAAAAGGGAUGUCUAGAUAUGUGGGUUCUGUUUUGUCCUUGGUUGAGCGUUUAGAAACGUGGGCAAGGGUGGGCGGGAAUACAAAAAAUCUACCGGUCAGGUGUGUUUUGAUGUGAUAUGGGUGAUGUUGGUUUGUGAUUAGGCAUGAGUGGAAAAGGGGCUCGAACAGGUGAACAUUGUUUGUUGAUAUCAAGGCUCACACAAAGCGGACAGUAUAAACAGGGGGUUAUGGAGCUUACUAAUGUCUCAUUAUUUAAUGUUACCUACCGCAAAUUCCAACACAAAACGGCCGCUAAGAUCUGAUGA